GGUCCAGAGGUGAGCAGCUAAAGCCCAAACUAUCCCUGCGUCCUGUUCAGGAUGUUGGUAAUGGAGACGGUGAUGAUGCGCUUGACCUGGGCUAUUAUGUGAUGGCAUUUUCACGGGACGUCCUAGAACGAUUGUCUUACUCCCGGACAGGGGGUUUCGUGGACCCGCAGACCCAUCCGUUCAUAGACGCGCUCGGGCUGCAGUUCCAUCUCGAGCCAACUUACCUGGAACCGGUGUGCGGACAACACUACGGCGCGCACCUCUCCUACCUGCCCCUCAACGCGCACAUCAGCGUGUACGACUACUCCUUCGAGCCUGCGUUCAUCCGCAAGCGCAACGAGCGGGAGAGGCAGCGCGUGCGUUGUGUCAACGAGGGAUACGCGCGCCUCCGCCAGCAUCUUCCAUACGAACUCGAAGACAAGAGACUCAGCAAGGUGGAGACGCUGCGCGCGGCGAUCAGCUAUAUCAAACACCUGCAGGAGGUUCUGAGCGCCGGUCUACCACGAGCCGCGGAGGCGCGUGGGUCCGUUUCCUCCCCAGAAGUGACCGCUUGGAGCAGAGACAGAACGUCCUGAACCUGCCCGGCGCUGGGGAAAGGGACAGACGCUGUAGAUGUUAGUUUAGCUUUUGUCCAAAGCGAAUUGCAAAUUGCAAACCAAAUUGUACAUCAUUGUGUAUUUGAUGGCCAGAUGUUUUGGUGAAGCUGUGCUGCUCUCUCUCUCUCUCACACACACACACACACACACACAAUGUUUUGGUGAAGCUGUGCUGCUGUGGACAGCUGAGAGUUUGAGAGUUUUGUGUGAGGGUCAUAUCAAGAGUGUGUGAGGGUCAUAUCCAGAGUGUGUGUGGUCCAUAUCCAGACGCCACUUGCCCACCUAGCCUCUGGCUCCGGUCCUUUCCAGAGGAGAAGUCAUUCCAGUCAGGUGCCAGUGAGGUCCAGCAUCUAAAUGCAGAGUGGAAAAAGUCUGGCUUCAGACAGUAAAGGUGGUUUCACCUGUGCACUAAGGGACAGAUGACUUCACAGAAUAGCCAAUCUACCUGUGCUAAGGAGUGGUGGCCAAUCUACCUGUGCUAAGGAGUGGUGGCCAAUCUACCUGUGCUAAGGAGUGGUGGUCAUUUAGUGAAAUAUUGGAACACAUAUGUGGUAGGACUUUGUUUUUUUCUUUAACUUUUUGAAGCCAGACUUGUACACCUCUGUCUAAAUGAUGAUAAUGGAGAUCGUUUGAAGUUGUUAAACUUGAUUAAGUCUCUUAUACAGAACAUGUACAUACUUGCUUACUUACUUACUUACUAUAGAGAACAUGUACAUACUUACUUACUAUAGAGAACAUGUAAAGCACAUGAUGAGCACUGUGUGUAGGCUACAAUAAUCCCCUCACUUCCCUCCACUGCCUCCUGCUACACCUUGACUAGUGCUUAUAACGUCUGCACUCUAAUCCUCCAGUAACAGUAUUGAUUGAUGCAGUGUGCAGUAUACAGUAUGCUAGUAUUGAUUGAUGCAGUGUGCAGUAUGCAGUAUGCUAGUAUUGAUUGAUGCAGUGUGCAGUAUGCAGUGUGCUAGUAUUGAUUGAUGCAGUGUGCAGUAUGCAGUGUGCUAGUAUUGAUUGAUGCAGUGUGCAGUAUGCAGUGUGCUAGUAUUGAUUGAUGCAGUGUGCAGUAUGCAGUGUGCUAGUAUUGAUUGAUGCA